GACAUGCACUGUUCAAUCAAAGACUAACAUGGAUAUUCUCAAUCCAAUCAAUCCUGCAAAACGCCAAUCAUUCCCUUCACUGUUUGCCUCGUGAUGGAUGAGCGACGGGGUGUCCUCUAGCCUCUGAUGUUGAUUGCCCUUCUCAAGUAGCGCAACAUGACCGGUCACCUUUCCUCAAAGGUUGGAGUUCUAUCCGAAGAAGUUGGCCGGUCACUCCUGGAAUCCAAGGACCAGGUCUCCGAACUCACCCUCCUUCUUGAUUCUGCCAAGUUGGAGAUCAAUGACCGGGUCGAAAGGGAGAAGAAGCUGGAGGAAGAGCUAAUGGCUGAAAGGGCCAGGUUAGAGGAGGAGAGGACCAAGUUUGCCCUUCUGGAGGAGGAAAGGAAUAGAAAGGUGGCCGAGCUUGAGGAUGCGUUGGGCCAGGCUGAAGAAUCUGCCCGGGCAAAGGAGGAGGCCUUUCCCACCUUGGCUGCUGACUGGGCUGCACGCCAUCACACGGAGGUUGCCUGGUCCAUUCUCACUACCCCGGCGGAAACUAUGGACUUCUUCCAAGUCAUGUAUCAAGAGCCAGAGGGUAAGAGGAUGAUAACCGAGAUCGGUUGAUAUGGCUUUCAGUGUGGCCAAAAGGAUGAGAGGUCUCUUCUCUAUGCUCGGCUUCAGAAGAGGGACCCUUCAUUUGAUCCGGCCAAGAUGAAGCUUCCUCCUUUGUACAAGGAAGAGCCAGCCCCCCCUUUCCCUUUACAAUAGGUUAAGGUAGAUAAUGAAAAAACUCUGAAUUU